AUGAAUGUAACAACAAGUAAAGCGUCGUAUAAAAGACAUGCGACAUAUUCAGCGAAACGAAAUUCUCUACAAAGAGGUCGGGGAGUAUUUCGAGGGCACUACAAACUGGAUAUAAGCCGUUUGCAAGUUUGGCGUGAAGAACAGGAGAAGCCAGUGAAGAAAAUACUAGGAAUUUCAGAUCACCCUGAUGAGGGUGGAGUAUCUGAGCUGGCAGAUCAGCCUGGAGCUAAUGAGGAAGUGUGUCUCCUGUCAGACAUUGAAGGAGAAAUAUCGGACACCAGCAAGGCUGUACCUGAAAAGAGAAAGCAGGCAGAGAGGAAAAAUACAGAAUAUGAACACAAUAAAUCUAUAGAAAUUGAUGCUAGUGAAAUCCCACACAUUAUCCAGAUCAUCCCGGUUGACAGCACUUGUAUGCAAUGUAAGGUUGAACAGCCUUGUACCUACAGAUAUACUACCAAAGAGAGUGAGACCGUCUACUUGUGCUCUCAGACAUGCGCCAACAGCUUCCAGAGACAAUGUGUCAUCCAGUAUUCCACACACAAGAAGUACUUAAUUGAAGAAAUUGUACCUAAAAUCUUAACAUGUUCAGAAUGUGAAGAAAUAAAAAGUUGUUACUUCUAUUGCAAUUACGACGGUGAGCACACUUAUUACUGCUCCAAGACCUGUCUCAACAGUAUGAUGGCCGAUGACGCAGACAAAUACAUGUUCAAGAAACGAAGUUUUAUCGAAGUCGAAGAAAUUGCGCCCACAGGAGCCAAAUGCUGCGUUUGCAAUGUUCACAAAAAAUGUUCAUACUCUCUGAAUAGCGACGGUGAAACUCUGUUUAUCUGUGCCAAUUCGUGCAUGAAAACCUUAAAUGGUAGAGAAAAUGGUAGAUAUGUAAUUACAGGGAAGCAAAUAGAAAAACAAGGAAACAUUCCAUGGUACAAUCCACGGACUUCUCCACGGACAUUUUCUCCACGGAAUGUCCCUGAAGAAAAUGAUAGAUAUUUGAUUGUAAGGAAGGCAACAAGGAAACAAACUAUUGUGCCACGCAAUGUCGCUGAGGAAAACGGCAAAUAUAUGAUUAAAAAGAAGAUAACUCCAAGAAAACAACCUACCCAGUCACAGAAUCCGUCUUUGCUUACGUUAAAAGUUAUUUGUAAUGCAACCGACAAAUAUUUAGACGAAGCAUAUAAGAUACAAGCGAAGACACCUGCGAUGGUGGAAAGGGCGCGGGAAGAGAGAGAACGGACUUUGCAAGCCGCGAGAGAAGAGAGAGACCGUACUUUUAUUCGGAUGUGUUACCGAUGCCAACUUAUUCUUAACAUUGGCGAAAAAUUAUUGACUUGGGAAAAUAUGGACUUCUGUAGUGAAUUGUGUUUAGAACGUUAUCAGAACAAAAUUGGAGCUCGGUGCGCGAACUGUAAGAACAAUGUGCAAAAAACUAGUUUAGGGAAAUAUUGCGUUCGAUUUGGUUUCGAUAUCCGGCAGUUUUGUACCUGUUCAUGUUUAGAAGAGUUUAAGAAAGGUUUGAAGAUAUGUCAUUAUUGUCAACAAGAUACAUCAGUCAGUCACCAAAGUUUUCGGGCACCCGUCGGUGAUAAAGGACAGUUUAAAGACUUUUGUUCACAAGAUUGUAUAAAGAAGUUUGACCUGAUGAGCAAAAACCAGAUGCUUCAGCCAGUGUGGGCGAAGUGCGCUGUGUGUUCCUUAGAAAAAGAAACUUCGAUUGAAGUGGAUGUGCGUGAGGACUCGUCACAAAGGUUGUGUUCGGAUACCUGUUUUACAGCGUUCAAAUUCGUUAACAAUAUCGUCCCAGACCAGUGUCGUUUGUGCAAUAAAUACUUUGAAAGGAAGUAUAGUAAUUUUUUUACUAUCUACGAAGGUGCAACAGCCCACUGUUUUUGCUCAAAUUUAUGUAUGAAUGUUUAUAUAAAUAAAUCUAGGCAUGUGGUGCCCUGUAACUGGUGUCAGGUGAAGAAAUACAAUUUCGACAUGAUAAGGCGGGUCCAGGCAAAUGGUCAGGCCAUUAUGGUGUGCUCACUCAACUGUUUGAAUCUCUACCAAGUUUCUGUUAGUGCUGUGUCGUCUAUACGUACGCAAUGUGAUUUGUGCAAGAAAAAGUCGCAAGUUCUAUACCACUUAACGAUGUCUGAUGCCUCAUUAAGGAAUUUCUGUUCGUACCAGUGCGUCUUGAAAUUUCAGGGUAAUUAUUCAAAGUAUACGCCUUCGUUAAUACCAAGCGAGGCCAUCGAUGAACAGAAAGCUGUACCCACGGGAUCGCCCAGACGGAUGUACCCAGCUGCUAAAAAAACUCUCCAAGUCCAGCAGCGUUCAACCCAAUCCUUAGCACCAAACGUCCAAUCCUUAGCAGCUCAUUCUCUGCUCAAGCCGGUCAUUACAGAACAGAAUUCUACAUGUGUACAACAACCCGUACCAGAACCCGAGCCCCCCGUGUCACCCGAAAUACCUCCACCCCCAAAAUCCCCUACCCCACCACCACCACCACAAUCCCCUACCCCACCACCUCCACCACAAUCCCCUACCCCACCACCAUCCACAACCCCGUCCACAAAAACCUCUACACCACCAUCAUCACCUCAAUCCACAAAAACAACUACCCCAGUAAUACCAACACCACCCCCCGCACGACGACCCCGCAAAUUUAAAAUAAUAAAAAUCAUACCUUCAUCAGUAUCAGUAAUAACCAAUAAGGUAACUAAACCUAUAAUGGAGUCUAAAAGCGUUUCGUGUGGACCUGAGAUGUGCACCAAGGAGUGUCAGACAGACCCUAGUUUAGAACGACGUGUACUUAUUCCCGUUCCCGUCCCUAUCUACGUCCCUGUACCUUGUGCUAUGUGGUCCCUUCCCUUCCCAGUUCCAGUCCCUAUUCCCAUACCUAUCCCAACACCAGUCUUUAUUCCUACAACUAGAAAUUCAGCCAAAGGUAUCAAGAAGGAGAUAGAAAAGAUCCAGGAUAAGAAGCCGCCAAAUCCAUUUGAAGCAGAACUGCUAACGAUGGCGGAGAUGGUGGCCUGUGACAUGAAAAAUGAACAAAGUGAUUCUGAUUCUGACGAGGACAAUGCGGAAACCUUGAAUCCUGUGGCGGAUAUGGGCGAUAACAAUGCCUUUGGCGAAGACAUGCUGCAGGUGGCGUUCAAAAUGGCGACGAACUACGAAGACAAAGGUGUAGACCUUGAAUCUGAGAUGUUAACAAAUACUAUCACACCAGACCUGCGUGCGUCGGUGGGGCCCCGCAAGCGCGCCCCCGGGGCCCCGAAAGCGGCGCGCUCCGCUUGUACUACGACCAAGCGGCGCCGCGCCGAACCUCCGCCCGCGCCGCUGCCUGACCCGCCGCGGGAGCCGGCCGAGAAACCGGACGCCAACAUGUGCCUCAAGUACAUGUUCGGCGUCAACGCGUGGAAGCAAUGGGUGAUGACGAAGAACGCGGAGAUCGAGACGAGCUCGAUACGACGGAAGCCGUUCAAGUCCGAGAUAUUGCAGCUCACAGCGGAUGAACUAAACUACUCGCUGUGUCUGUUUGUGAAGGAAGUGCGGAAACCGAACGGCAGCGAAUACGCCCCCGACACUAUUUAUUAUUUAGUUUUAGGUAUACAACAAUAUUUGUUUGAAAACGGUAGGAUAGACAAUAUAUUUUCGGAUCCAUAUUACGAGGAAUUCACCGAUUGCCUGGACGAAGUCGCGAGGCAGUUCGCAAUUCUAUACGAUGUCUCAAAUUACGUAGUCACCCGAGUAGAAGAGGAGCAUUUAUGGGAGAGCAAGCAACUGGGCGCUCACUCCCCGCACGUCCUGCUCACCACGCUCAUGUUUUACAACACAAAAUAUUUCAAUUUGGUGACAGUAGAGGAUCAUUUGCAGUUGUCUCUCGCUUACGUGUUGAAGCAUAGGAAGCUGAGAAGGGAAGACGCCAUGACACCCGACUCAAGGAAUGAUAUACUAAGAUAUUAUCCUCCACAAUUCGAUUUAGAACCAAAUUUAAAAAAGAAAAAGAGAAAGGUGUAUGAACAACGUGCAAAUGAAGCAAAUCCGUUUAGGUGCCCAAUCAAACUUUUUGAAUUCUAUAUUUCUAAAUGUCCCGAGUCGGUGCGCACGCGCAACGACGUGUUUUACUUACAACCGGAGAGAUCCUGUGUACCAGACUCCCCAGUGUGGUACUCUACGCAAGCGUUGAGCAGACAAGCGCUGGCGAAGAUGCUGCAUCGCGUCAAGAUGGUUAAGGAGAUAAACAUUGCGUUACUCACGAGCUAA